CAACUCCUUCUCGCCAGCCGAACUGAACUCGCUCAUAGAUUUCGUGUCAGGCGAUCGAUUUCUUUGCUAUACGCGACCCCGAGGUUUCAAGCAGGAGCUGCGACCAUGGGUUUAGUCGACUAUUCCGAUUCCGAGUCGGAACCCGAAUCCGUGCAGCCGGGGCCGGUCCCCGCCGCCGCCGCCGCAGCGGCAAAGAAACCCUUCCAGAAACUCCUCGACCGGUCCUCGGGCUCGGGCAAGAUCGUCGUCAGCCUCCCGGCACCAAGCGCAGCCGACGAGACCGGCGCUGAGGAUACCGAACAGCCUCCAGCGAAACGAGCAAAGACCUCGGGCGGGAGCAGGUUCAGCAACCUCGGCUCAUUUCUGCCGCCACCAAAGAAGAAGGGGACGGGGGCGCCAGCAGCGUCAGCAGCGUCGGGGAGGAGCCCCGGUGCAGCGCCUGCUCCCGGAUUCCAUUUACGUACCGCCGCGGAGCCUGCAUUUGCGAGAGGAGAUGGCGUCUCCGGCGCCGCAGAGGCUGCUGAUGACGACACAACCAGCUCUGGCGCAGACCACGGCCGCGCAGGCCCAUCAAUCCCCGAGGGCCAAAAGCCGGAAGAGGAGGUGAAGCUGGUCGGCAAGCCGCUCAUGUUCAAGCCGCUAUCGGUCGCGAGAAAGAAGGCACCCGCAAAACCCAAAAAGAAAGAGGCUGCCCCCGUCGCAGCCGCCGCAGCCCCAGCCCAAGCGGGCCCGCCGUCGGGGACGUCACCCAUGACACCGAGCUCCGAGCCGACUCAGACGAAAAAGAUCUCCCUCUUUUCCAUCGAUGAUGACGACGAGCUCGCCAGCAGCGCCCCGCCCGCCGAAACAGGCGCCUACGAACCCCUCUUCACCUCGACCGCUGCCGAUCCUCUCUCCCCCCAGCAGCAGCUACAAGACGGAGAAGAAAGCGCCGUAACAUCGGCCUACCCAACAACCUCCUCCUACCAAGCCGAACCGGCCACCACCACCACCACCACCAACAACAACGAUAACAAUAAUACCCCGCAAAGCAGUAGUAGUAGCAGCAAUAUCCCACCCAGCCUCAGCACGCUGUCAGACUCGCUCUCCCCCGCGGCGCGGCGCGAGCUCUUCGGCCGCGCCGCCGGCGGCUCGUCCGCGUCCGCGCUGCCGCCCAACGCCAAGGUAGUCAGCUUCGACAUGGCGCGCGAGUACGCGCACAACGAGACGCUGCGGGCGUCCGCGGCCGCCGCGCAGCAGGCGUUCAACCCGGUGCGCGCGAUCGCGCCGGGCAAGCACAGCCUGCGGCAGGUGGUCGCCAUGGCGCAGAGCAACCAGAGCGCGCUGGAGGAGAGCUUCGCGCGCGCCAGGAGCAACCAGCGGGAUGCGGCCGGGCGGUAUGGGUGGAAGUGAGGGAGCGAGUGAGAGUGAGAAUGAGUGCGCGGGGGACAUUUGGGCUGGGUUGGGUUUUGGUGAUGCUUGGCUACCUUGGCAGGAAACAGCGGAUGAGUUUGUAUCGCUUGCAC